UAAUAUCAGAAAUUAUCGGUAUCAGUUUCAAAAAGUAAAAUGUAUGACUUUUUAAAACGCCGCUGUGUACACGGACGUAGGGAGAAAUACAGACUCACCUUAUCCCAAUACACAUCUGUUCAGUAUUUUAACACAAAAGUGUUUGAUUGUGAGGCAUUAAAAGCCACAAAAUGCAACGGGUCCUUUAGACCCACAAACGCUGGCUGAGUAACAACAAUAAGAACGUUGCACGGAAAAAUAUCUUUGCAUUCCACAGGGAUUCUUCUUUUGUGUUUCUGCACCUGCGGUUCCAACACGAGGUUGCAACAUUGUUUGUCAACACUGCUCUCAUUUUCUCGCACAUUUGACCCUCUGAUGUUCUGUGUACCUACACUCUGUCCUCCUUCUGUCUAUGCCCGCUGUCUGUGUGGGUGGGUGCAUGUGGUACACAGAACAUCAAUUUCCACACUUCUUUUAGCCCUAGGUGCAGUGGACCCCGACAUCUUAUAUGUAAUAGAAAUGUGUUGGGGGGGUGUAUGGUGUGUGGUCAUUAAAUAUUUAUUCUGAUAUAUGCAUACUUGCCAACCUUGUGAUCUCUGAAUUCAGGAGAUAGGGGGGUUGGGUUUGGUAGUAGCGGGGAUGUAUAUUGUUGCGUCCCGGAAGAGUUAGUUACAAGGAGUUCUGGGUAUUUGUUCUGUUGUGAUUAUGUUGUGGAUGUUCUCCCGAAAUGUGUUUGCCAUUCUUGUUUGGUGUGGGUUCACAGUGUGGCGCAUAUUGGUAACAGUGUUAAAGUUGUUUAUACGGCCACCCUCAGUGUGACCUGUAUGGCUGUUGACCAAGUAUGCCUUGCAUUCACUUGUGUGUAUGAAAAACAGUAGAUAUUAUAUGACUGGGCCGGCACGCAAAGGCAGUGCCUUUAAGGUUCGUGUACAACUCUGUAAAUCGGCGAUUUUAAAAAGUCAUACAUUUUACUUUCUGAAACCGAUACCGAUCAUUUCCGAUAUCACAUUUUAAAGGCCUACUGAAACCCACUGCUACCGACCACGCAGUCUGAUAGUUUAUAUAUCAAUGGUGAAAUCUUAACAUCGCAACACAUGCCAAUACGGCCUUUUUAGUUUACUAAAUUGCAAUUUUAAAUUUUGUGCGAAGUAUCCUAUUGAAAACGUCGGUAUGAAGACGCGUGCGCGUGACGUCUCGGAUUGUAGCGGACAUUUUUUUCCAGCCCGAUCCAAGCUAUAAAUAGUCUGCUUUAAUCGCAUAAUUACACAGUAUCCUGGACAUCUGUGGUGCUUAAUCUUUUGCAAUUUGUUCAAUCAAUAAUGGAGACGUCAAAGAAGAAUGCUGUAGGUGGGAAGCGGUGUAUUGCAGCUGCCUUUAGCAACACAAACACAGCCGGUGUUUCCUUGUUUACAUUCCCGAAGGUGAAGCUUUACUAUGGAACAGAGCGGUCAAGCGAACAUGGAUCUUGACCACAUGUCAACCGGCAGGUUUCGGUGAGCAAAUUGUGGUAAUAAGUCUGGCUUUUACCGUAGUUAUGAGCGGAGCCAGCGUCCUCCUGCAGCUGCUGCGGCAACUAUUACCUCCUCCCACGGAGACGCUGGCGGUCACUACACCCAUGGCCACAUACCUCCGACUUUCAGGUACUAUAUGAUCUCACUAAAGCACUAGCAACACAAUAGGCGGAUAAGGGAUUUUCCAGAAUUAUUCUAGUAAAUGGUGUCUAAUAACAGCUGAAUCGCUCCCACUGCAAUUGCCUUUUUUUUCUUCUUUCUAGUCCUUAACUUUCACUAUCCUCAUCCACGAAUCUUUCAUCCUCGCUCAAAUUAAUGGGGAAAUCGUGGCAUUCUCGGUCCAAAUCGCUCUCGCUACUCAGGGUAUAUGCAGGUUUCAGCAAGUCAAAUUUAAGACUUUUUAAGACCUUUUCAAUGCCACCUUGAAUUAAAUUUAAGACCGAAAAAAGUAAUAAAAAAUCUAUAAAUAUAAGCGAUGGUUGGGGAUCCCACUGUACUACAAUCUCAAUGACAAUCAGUCAAGUUUACUUUUUGUAUGUUUAUUAAUAAACAAACUGAUAAACACCACUCUGCCAAACAGCUUAUCAAAAAUCUUGAGAGAUCCAAAAACUUUGACAUCCAAAACAAACAAACCAACACCAACACCAGUAAAAACAUAAUAACCGAGGUGAGGUUAAAAAUAAAUAACAUUUCAUUAACACAUACCGAGUCCCAUUGACUUGGUCGAAGAGCAGGUUUUGGAUGUGAGGUGCUAAUCCGUGUCUCGUAAUAUAUGCUGUUUUAUCCUUUCCGCAGGAAAAUGUAUUAGCAACCUGAGAAUCAGGAAACAUCACACGAAAAAGAUCACCAAUCCCGUCAUUUGAGGUGUAGGAUGGAUGUUUCACCACAGUGUGCAAGAUCCAUAACACCUGGGAUUUCAAUGUUGCUGUCCCGCCGAAGAUUUGUAUCAGAUUUCAUUCAUAAACUGGAGUCAGAAGAUGCCUCUUUCAACACAGAAGGGGAACAGAGGCAGGUGAAUAAUCUGUAUCCGCUUCUGAUGCAACAAAACGACCAAAGAGAAUCUUGGAAUAAAGCGCCCAAGGAGUCCGCACAACAGGAUAACUAUGCAAACAUGGUUGACGGCCUCCAAGAAGUGCUUUUGAAGCUGGCGGCGGCCGACAAACUUCGCUCUCAAGCGUUCCUCAGAUCGCAGCAGGGUUUGCCCAAAGCCAACAAAAGAGGUGAGAGAAAAGCUUGUUUCUGGAAGUACUGCGUGACCAAUUAGACGCCAAGGAAGCACCAACGAUACUCCAUCACUGAAGGAAGCUCAAAAGAACAUCUAUUUUUUAAAAGUGGUCUGUUUUUGCGUGCCCUAAUAAAGUCAGG